AUGCUUAGACUUGUGCAGAGAUUCCUGAGAACUGACUGACAGACUUUGAGAGUAUGCCUUAUUUAGAGAAACUUAAUAGAGAGUUGCGAUUUGAAGAAACCAUCAAACUCUAUGAAGAUUUGCCUGGAAAACUCAAAGAUGACCCUAGCAUAAGAAAUCAAUAUCUCCAUGCCAAGUCUGUAUUAAAUCUCAUAGAUUCCCAUAAACCUCCAGAAAAAAGCGCUCACACUCCCCGUUGAAAAUAUAUACAUUAAAAUAGCGACACGUUUUAACCCACCCUCUUGUCUAGCAGUCCAGACAUUAGGGCUACGGUGAACUGGGACGGACUCCUAGCCGAGAAUCAAGUGCAUGCUGAAGAGAUGUGUAUCCGGGUAGGCUUUGGCUGCUUUCCUGUUGUUAGAAAUAGAGGCGCUCAAAAACUUCCUUUGGAUCCGAGGGCCAUGGGGAUUCCUCUACCGAAAAAUUGGUGUUUUUCGCCCAGGCCGCAUGGGAAUAGUCUUUGGCACUUCUGGACCCAACAGACUCCAAGGAUCCUUAGAAUCAAGCUACUCCAAUCUCCGUAGCAGGGCCGAAGAAAUCCAUAAUUACUUAAGACCGAAACUGCAAGGAGGAGAUAGAAGGUAUCAGAAGUGUCAUCCAUCAUUGUGGGAAAGACCUCUGGGCUGGAGUCGAAAAGCAGUUGAACCUCUUGUACAGGAGGUCUUUGGUGACUGCGCUGCAAAAUGGCUAACCCUUAGCUUUAAUAGCCUAACCCUACGUUGAAAAUUCAAUAUUUGCUAAAAAUUAAUUUUUCUACAAAUAUAAUAAUGAUUAUUAUUUUAAAUGUUUAGGUUGCAUUUUUAAAAAAAAUUCAAUUUUAUAAAAAUUUAAAAAAAAAUUAAGAGGUGGAGUCAGCCUAAAAAAGCCAAAGAAAAUGCAGAAUAUGACUCUGAUUGGCGCGAAGAAGAAGCAAAAAAAGAAAGAGAUAGAAGCGCCUACGCAGUCGGCACAGAAGAAAACCCUCUUCUAGUCAAAAACGUUGAAAUAUGGGAAAAAUCCAAAUGGUCGAACCUCUUCACGUUCAGUAACGGCCUGACGCUACUUGUCAUAGGCUCCUUUAUUUAUUUAUUUUACGGAAAUCCUGGAGUUAACAUUUUUGAGGCAAAAUCACAUAUAAUUAUUGCAGAAAACAGCCCUUAUACUUUUAACGAUGUAAAAGGGAUUGAUGAGUGCCGAGCUGAGCUAGAAGAAAUCGUACACUACCUUAAACAUAUGGAAAAAUACGAAAAAAUCGGUGCAAAAAUGCCUAAGGGCUUACUUUUAACAGGGAAGCCAGGUGUUGGGAAAACUCUUCUAGCAAAAGCUAUAGCUGGAGAAGCAGGGGUAAAAUUUUUUUACUCCUCAGGCUCAGAUUUUGAAGAAGUCUUUGUUGGCCUCGGCGCUAAAAGGGUUCGUGAAUUAUUUGCAACAGCUAAAAAAAAUGCUCCUUGCAUAGUUUUUAUCGAUGAAAUUGACGCGCUAGCUUCAAGCCGCCGAAACAGAAGCCAGAACUACAACAGACAAAGCUUGAAUCAGCUACUAGUAGAAAUGGAUGGUUUUGACCCGAAUCAAAACAUCUUAGUUAUAGCUGCCACAAACCUGCCUGGAGAGCUAGACGAUGCUUUAAAAAGGGCUGGGAGGUUUGAUAAAGUAAUUGAUGUUCCAUUGCCUGAUAUAAAAGGAAGAGAAGAAAUAUUAGAACUAUAUUUGGCAAAAGUGUUUUACGAUAAAAGUGUGGAUAAAAGCAUUAUUGCAAGAGGAACUGCAGGGAUGACGGGGGCUGAUUUAGCGAAUUUGGUGAAUUUAGCGAUGCUGAAUGCAAUUAAGGAAGGGAGAAAAAUCUGCUCAGCCCAUGAUGUAGAUGUAGCAAGAGACAGGAUUCUGAUGGGAGUGGAAAGAAAGACGAUGGUGCUUACACCUGAAGAAAAAAUGAAUACAGCGCUACAUGAAGUAGGACAUGCACUGGUAGCUGUUUUGUCAGAAGGAGCUGAGCCUCUUCAUAAAAUUACAAUACUCCCCAGAGGCCAUGCACUAGGUGUUACCAUGCAGCUGCCUAAAAAAGAUAUAGCACUUAUAACAAUAUUAAUUUCUCUAGAAAUAAAAGUUAUUUUUAAGCUAAUCGAACAAAAUAAUAUACCUUUAUGGAAAGCCGAAACAAAAUCCUCGCACAAAUUGACGUCGCAAUGGGUGGAAGAGCAGCUGAAGAAUUAUUCUUCGGGAAGCAAAGAAUGACUGAAGGCUGCUCCAGCGACUUAUCAAAUUCUACACAGAUUGCUUACUAUCACGUAAGAGGAGGACUUUUCAACGAAAAAACAGGCCUCGUCGACACUAACGCAUUAAGAAACCAAUGAGGAGGCCGAAGCGAAGGGCUCAAGCAAAGAGACAUGAUCGACAAUGUAGUCAAAGAAAUCCUCGACGACAGCUACAAAAGAGUUCUCGAGAAGCUUCGGACCCAGAAAGACUUGAUUCAGAGAAUUGCCAGCGUUUUAGUUGAAAAAGAAACCUUAACAGGCGAAGAGUUUUCUAAUAUGGUGAAAAAUGGUUCAUAA